CAACAAAUCUUCUUUCAUUCUAUCCUCGCAAUCAACAAUCACGAACUUCGUAUCACAGCAUCUUCAAACUCAAAUCCACAGCCAUGUCACUUAUCGGCCAAGUCUUCAACAAAGCUCUAUCGAAGAACAUCUCCGUCUACCUCUCUGAGUCUGGAGAUGGGUUUAAACGCAUUCCUGGUGCCAUAGACCAGGCUUUGAAGGCAGCUGCUCUCCAAAAGGUCAAGCGCAGUUUUGAGAGCGGCGCUUUGUUCACGGAUGACGACAUGAAGCAGAUGGAGCGUGUCGUGGUCACGAACAUGUCGCACCAGAGCCCGGGUGAUCCAAACGCCCACUACUCUGUCCAGGGUGAGACCGGCAGUGGUACCAAGGUCAAAGGCGGACAUGUCGCUGAGAACCCCUCCAAUCAGACACAAGCCAGUUGAGUGCCUUUCUCGUGGUCUCGAUUAGUUGGCUCUUGUUGUAAUACCUGAUCUGAGCCAGUCUAUCCUUACCAAUCGUUAGCAAGAACGUUUUUCUAGAGUAUAAACAGCUAUGCGGCAACACUAUAUUCUCUAUUAUUACUUGUUAGCAACGUUUGAGAGAUGUUAUAGACUUUAUUAGAAUUAAACGCGUGCAC